AUGAAAAUAUCUGCAGUUACUGCCAGACGUGAUACAUAUCUCUGUCUUUUACUUCAUCGCGCAACAUCAAGAGAUGAUCGUCGUCACGUAAAUACUGCUCCAGUUCGUCUUCGUCGUGCUCAAAAUGAUGAACAUGGAAAACAUGAAGACGGUCAUUUUGCUACAGCAACAAUACCUUAUAUGAAAGAUUUAGCUUCUAUAUUCGGCAAUGAUUGUGUUUUUUAUUUAUCUCAAGAUGAUAAAUGUAAAGUUCCAUUAGGUUUACCAGCGGCUAGAGUUCAAACUCCAAUGCUCAUGCAUUUGGAUUAUCGUAUACGUUUACCAGAUCAUGAUUGGAUAGUUGCACCUCGACAUCAAUUAACACCAAGUGUAUAUGCAGCAUGUCUCUUAUCUGAAGAUGAAGAUUUAGGUUAUUCAGGCCCAACAUAUAUUGCAAUGCGUUCAGUUAAACAUGACCUAUCAAGUGCUGAUUCGCAUGCAUUAGAUUUUGAUUGUCUUGUUUGUUUAAAAGAAUUUGAAAAAGUAGCACAUGAUAAAAUUGGACAAGUUAAACCAAUUUUAAUAACUACAGUUGAUGGUGGUCCUGAUGAAAAUCCACAUACACUUUUUAUUCUUAUACAUGCCCCUGGUCAAUCAACUUAUAAUGUAGUUGAAUGUCGUAGGGCGCCAUUAUCUCAUGAUUUAGCUGAUCUUAUUUUACCACAUGAUCAUUUUGGUUCACAUUUAAAUGAUUCCGGUGUAACAGUAAAUAUUGAUUUAGAAAAAUUAAAUUUUCGUAAAGCUGGAAAAUCAAUUAUUGAUGGGUUUCCAUGUGUUGCUGAAUAUAUUAAUUCACCAGCUACAACAGACGAUGAACGUCGACAAGUUGAUAUUAAAAUUGUUAUAGAUGAACUUUUACGAAAGUAGUUAGUUUUAUUUUUAUUUUUAAAAAUAGAAUUUGUGCU